GAAAAAAAAAAUUUAUGUGAAAGCAGUUUCAGGGAAGAAAAGCCAGUGAGAAAAAACGGUUUAUAAGGAAACUGAUCGCUGCUCCAGGCUUUGUUGUACCUCCACCUCAUCAGUUUGUUAACAAUGAUUCGUUACUCACAGCUGGUGUCGCAGCUCAAGAGACAGAACAGGCUCUAUACAACGCUUUCAGGCCUUAAGCUGUCGAAGAAGUUGAGAUCGGACGCUUAUGACAAGGUGCAAAAGAUCAAGUUGGAAUAUCCAAAGUUCCAGCCAAAGCUGAAGAUCCUACAGAUAGGUGCGAGACCAGACUCCUCCACCUAUGUCAAGAUGAAGCUGAAAGCGUCGAAGGAAUCCGGUGUUGACUGUGACAUUGAAAAGUUUGAUGACUCCAUCACUGAGUUUGAGCUCUUGAACAAGAUUGAAGAGAUCAAUCAAGACGAUUCCAUCCAUGGUCUGUUGAUCCAAUUGCCUCUUCCUCCACACUUGGAUGAGACAAAAAUCACUAAUGCUGUCGAUGUCAAGAAAGACGUUGAUGGCUUUGGACGUUACAAUAUUGGUGAGCUGUCCAAGAAAGGUGGUGAGCCACAAUUUAUACCAUGCACACCAAACGGUUGUAUCAAGCUGCUUGAAGAGGCUGGUGUUGAGAUUAGCGGUAAGAAAGCUGUCGUGUUGGGUAGAUCAGAUAUCGUUGGUAUUCCAGUGGCCACCUUACUCCAAAAGAGAAACGCUACUGUCACUGUCUGUCACUCCAGAACAGAGAACUUGGAAGACAUUGUCAAAACCGCAGACAUCGUCAUAGCUGCCAUUGGGAAGCCAAACUAUGUCAAGGGUGAAUGGUUAAAGCAAGGUGCGGUUCUCAUUGACGUUGGUAUCAACUACAUCCCAGAUGCUUCAAAGAAAUCAGGUCAAAAAUUGGUUGGUGAUGCUGAUUUUGAAUCUUGUAAGGAUAAGACAUCUUUCAUCACCCCAGUUCCAGGUGGUGUUGGUCCAAUGACUGUUGCUAUGCUGGUUGAAAACGUGCUGCUGGCUGCUGAGAGACAACUGGAAGAGUCUCACGCUUCACCAGUCUUCUCGACAUUGCCUUUGAAGUUACAGACACCUGUUCCUUCAGACAUUGCUAUUUCCAGAGCUCAAACUCCAAAACAGAUUAAAGAUGUUGCAAAAGAAUUGAAAUUGAAAGAGAGUGAAUUGGAGCUCUUUGGUCAUUUCAAGGCUAAAGUCAGUCUGGAUGCCUAUGAACGUUUGAAAGACCGUGAAAAUGCCAACUACGUCCUCGUGGCUGGUAUUACUCCAACACCUUUGGGUGAAGGAAAGUCAACAACAACAAUGGGGUUGGCACAGGCUUUGUCUGCUCACCUGAAAGUGCCAGCCAUUGCCAAUGUCAGACAACCAUCUAUGGGUCCAACGUUUGGUGUUAAAGGUGGUGCUGCCGGUGGUGGUUACGCUCAGGUCAUUCCAAUGGAUGAAUUCAACAUGCAUUUGACAGGUGAUAUCCAUGCUAUCGGCGCAGCUAACAACUUGCUUGCUGCAGCAAUUGACACCAGAAUCUUCCACGAGUUGACUCAAAAGAAAGACGAAACCUUUUACAAGAGAUUGGUUCCUGUGAAGAAAGGUUCCAGAUCAUUCACCAAGUCCAUGCUGAAGAGAUUGCAAAAAUUGGGCAUCAACAAGACCAACCCAGAUGAUCUUACACCUGAAGAAGUUAAGAAGUUUGCCAGAUUGAAUAUCAACCCAGAUACAAUCACCAUUAAGCGUGUUGUCGAUGUCAAUGAUAGAUUCCUUCGUCAAGUUACCAUUGGUGAAGCUCCAACUGAAAAGGGAUUCACACGUAAGACUGGAUUCGAUAUCACUGUUGCCUCUGAACUCAUGGCUAUUCUGGCCUUGUCUCAGGACCUCCAUGAUCUCCAGAGACGUGUUGGUAACAUUGUUAUUGGUGCCAACUACGAGAAUGAACCAAUCACCGUGGAUGAUUUGGGCGCAGCAGGUGCAAUCACUGCACUUUUGAAGGAUGCUGUUAAGCCAACAUUGAUGCAAACGUUAGAAGGUUCUCCAGUGCUCAUCCAUGCUGGUCCAUUUGCCAACAUUUCUAUUGGUGCAUCCUCUGUCGUUGCUGAUAAGCUUGGCCUCAAGCUGUUGGGCUCUUCAUCGCCUUCCCAAGAGAAAGGUUUCGUUGUUACUGAAGCCGGUUUCGACUUCACCAUGGGUGGUGAAAGAUUCUUGGACAUCAAAUGUCGUGCCUCUGGCCUUGUACCAAACGCUGUUGUGCUUGUUGCAACUGUGAGAGCUCUCAAGCUACACGGUGGUGCUCCAAACGUCAAACCAGGCCAGGGUUUACCAGAAGAGUACACGAAGGAGAACCUGGAUCUCGUUGCCAAGGGUGUUGCCAACUUGGCUAAGCAGAUUCAAAACGUUAGACAGUUUGGCUUGCAAGUUGUUGUUGCACUCAACCAGUUCAAAGAUGAUACUCCUGCUGAGAUCGAACUUGUGAAGAGACUGGCCAAGGAAGCUGGUGCGUUUGACGCUGUUGAAUCAAACCACUGGGCUGAAGGUGGUGCUGGUUCAGUGAAACUGGCACAAGCGGUGAUCAACGCUUCAAAGAACUCCAAGCCUGAAGAAUUCAAGUUCCUCUAUGACGUUGACUCUUCAGUUGAGGAUAAAUUGAACACCAUCGUCACCAAGAUGUACAAUGGUAAGGGUAUCAACAUCUCUGAACAAGCUGCAAAGAAGAUUGCUGCUUAUAAAGAGCAAGGGUUCGGUAACUUACCUAUCUGUGUUGCAAAGACACAGUACUCCUUAUCCCAUGAUGCGAACUUGAAAGGUGUUCCAUCAGGGUUUGAAUUCCCAAUUAGAGAUGUUAGAGCAUCCAUCGGUGCUGGUUACUUGUAUGCCUUGGCUGAUGAGAUCCAAACCAUCCCAGGUUUGCCAACACAUGCAGGCUAUAUGAAUGUUGAGGUGAGCGAAGAUGGUGAGAUUGAAGGUCUUUUCUAGACAUUGAGGAGAUGGCAUAGAGUUUAUAUUAAUAUACAUAGGUUGAUCAGUAUUGGAUUGCAUCGUUUUGAAUGGUUUAUCUUUGUAGAUUUCAGGUAGAAUAAAUAGUGUUUUUGAAAUAUAUAAAUAAAUACAUCAGGAAUAAAUAAGUGUAGAUUCAGAAUCCCUUGAGGAACUUCUUCAUGAAGGCGCCUUCGCCAACUUGAGGAACAUAGUUGGUCUCACCUUCUUGUUCAAAGUACUUGUAAACAUGUGGCUGCUGUUUCCAGAAGUUAACCAGUUCCUGGAACUCCAUACGACCUUUGGCAUAGACUAUGUUGUUGAUGGACAAAUCCUUCUCAAAUCUAUAACGCUCGAACUCUUGUCUGAUCUUUGUUCUAACACUGGCCACUGGCAUGUCAAGCUCAUACAACUCAAUGAAAGAUGGCGCUUCACGCAGGUAAUCCCUGUACAGCUUGAGAACUCUCUUACGGAGAUCAGCUGAUG